AUGGAAGGUCUCUACAUUAACAGCAGCUCACAGGACCAAAGCUACGAUUACAGCAGCACCACCUCCAACUACCAGAAUAACAACAAGCUUGAUGAGUAUCGUGAAAAACUUGAUUUCAUCUUAAAUGUGGUCACAUACAUAAUCGUUGCUGUCGGCCUUCCUCUGACCCUGGUGGCCAUCUAUGCUCUUUAUUCUAUGGUGAGAAGAGAUCAUGUUGCUCCCAUCUACCUCAUCAACCUUCUCAUUACUGACAUCCUUCAGUUCUGCUGCAUGAUCGUUCGGGUGACACCAAAUGUGGAUUCGAAUAUAAAGAAAAUCUUCUAUUUUAUUUACCUCUCUGCUCUGUUUGCCAGUGUUUUCUUCAUGGUCUGCAUCUCCCUGGAAAGGUAUUUGGUCAUCGCCCACCCACUGUGGUACCGCUUCAGACGAACCAUCAAGACCUCUGUGGUGCUCUGUGUCCUGGUCUGGGUCCUUUCUGCUGUCUGUGGCUUCCUUGAUUUUUUCAUUGAUCGUGUGGUCAGAUACAUACUCGCUGCCGUCCUCCUCCUCCUUCCCUUCCCUCUGUUAAUAUUCUCCCUGGUUGGGACCCUCAAAGCCCUGUCUGCUUCCAUCUCGGUCCCCUCUGAUGAAAAACGACGAAUUGUGGGAAUUUUGGUUCUGGUGCUGCUUAUUUACACUCUGCUGUUCCUGCCCAGCAUCAUUUGGUUCAUGAAAGUGAACAAUGACAAUACCUGGUUUCCAGAAAAAUAUAAAUUGAGACUCUACUUCCUGUCUACCAUCUUCAUCAGGUUGAGUCCUCUUGCAGACUUGUUCCUGUAUGUGUUUAUGAGGAAAGGGUCCAUAGACAAGCUUUUGGCCUCUGUGUGUUGCCGCAGAAUGGACAGCAAUGAUAUCAGCAGUCCAUCAGUAUGA